ACGCAUGCUCACGCAGAAUCUCGCACAGUGGGCACGCACGCACACACACACACCCUUUCUUGAGGUUCUGGGAGCAGUGGCAGCUGCGGUGGUUAGCGUUGAAAGACAUUGGCCGUUGACUGGAGUUAGCUGCAGCCCUGUCGGUUGAAUGAAUGGAUGCUCCAACGAGCCUCUUAGGAUUGGAUUCUCGUAUUGGAUUUUCACGAGAGAGGAGGAGGAUAUCUAUUCUGGGAUUUGUUUUAUUUCUAUGCGCUCCAUCUUUUUUUCUCUCCCCACCCUUUCUCGGUGUGGUGUCGUCGAGGACGAGCGGGUCUUGCGCGGUGGAUUUGGCCUCCGCUACACUCUGCAAUCUAUAGAGUUUUUCUGUGGAGGUCAGGAUAAAGGGCGCUAUUCUUUCUCCUUUUUUCCUCAAAGGGGGGGCUCUUUUGUUUUCCGGGGCUCGGCCGAGCGAGCCCUAUAGCUCCCAUGGUGAAUUGAGCUAUUGUGGAGAAGAGCCUCGACAGCUAAGCUGCCGAUUCUCUACCCCUCUCUUCCCCCUCCACCCAAAAAAAUACCAUUCACCUUAACCAACCCCCCUCCAACCUUCCUUUCCCACACCUCCAUCUCUCCUCGCCAUUCUCUCUCCCUGCCUCCCAUGCCCCAUUUCCUUCAUCCUUACCCCUGCCAUCCCCUCCCCUCCCGCAGCAUAGCGGCUACGUAAUGUGCCUCCCGACGCAUGCGAACAGGGAUGCUACAAAUGGUGGUUUGGACUGAUCGCUGACAUAAAAAAAGGGUGAUGCCUCGUGCAACCAUCACCGCCUCCGCCGCAAUGGAUCAGCCUGGGAAAACGCAGCAGAUGCCAAUCCACCGCAGUCUGGAUUGAGGGGCGGCUGUAGUAGUUUGCCUGUGAAUGAGAACGUGCGUGUGUGUGUAUGCAAGCGUGCACGCUGGUCCUCCGUCAUGUCUCUCGCCUGAUCCCUUGCACCGGGCAUCCCUGAUGAUUUUUACAAUUUUUAAAUUUAAGGUUUAUUUAGCUAGGUAAGUCAGUUAAGAACAAAUUCUUACUUACAAUGACGGCCUACCCCGGCCAAAUCCGGGCGACGAUGGGCCAAUUGUGCGUCGCCCUAUGGGACUCCCAAUCACGGCCGGAUGUGAUGCAGCCUGGUGUGGGGGAGGCACUAAGCCUCAGGUUGGCCUCCCCCCGAACACAGUAGUAGCCCCGUGGCAAGCCGCUUGCCCCUGGGGUCGCUAUGAAAAAGACCCGCAGCACCAAUUUGCGGCAGGCCUGGCCCAGUUCGGACCUGUCCGAGCGGCUGCCGGAGCGCACUCGCUCCCGGAGCGAGAAGGACUUCCGUCUCCAGCAGAAACACCACCACACUCCCCCUCCUCCACCCCACAUCUCACCAGGUCCCCCCAGGGGCUACCAAAUGCCAGGUGAUGUGUCUCCCAUCAGUAUGUCUCCUAUCAGCCAGUCCCAGUUCAUCCCACUGGGGGAGAUCCUGUGUCUGGCUAUCUCAGCCAUGAACUCUGCUCGCAAGCCCGUCAACCAGGAAGCCCUGAUGGAACACCUCGCCACAUGCUUCCCAGGUGUCCCAACACCGAGCUCGGAGAUUCUGCGACACACCCUAAACAUGCUGGUGCGAGAGAGGAAAAUCUACCCAACACCUGAGGGCUACUUCAUUGUCACUCCCCAGACCUACUUUAUCACCCCCAACCUCAUCCGAUCCAACAGCAAGUGGUACCACCUGGAUGACCGGCAGCAACAACAACAGCAGCAGCAGUGUACCUCCCCACAGUCGGGCACCAUCACGCCCUCCACCCCGGGCUGCGUGAGGGAGAGGCCCAACCAGAAGAACCACGGGGACUCCUACAACACGUACCGCGAUGAUACGCCCAUCCCUCAAGCCCCCACUUACCAGAGGAAGUCUCCCAAGGAGCCUCGGGGAGACCCCCCCUCCUACCCUCAGCCCCCUCUGGCUCCCGUUCAGAUGCCGACGUCACAGUUGCAAGAUCCUCUGACGGACAAGAGCAAGAGUAAUGCCCCCUUCCCCUACAAGACCGACACACUGACCAAAAAAAAGGAGGGCAGUGGUGGCGGCAGCAGUGCCGAGAAGCAGUCAAAGAAGUUUGGGCUGAAGCUGUUCAGGUUGAGCUUCAAGAAGGACAAGCUGAGGCAGCUGGCCACAUUCUCGGCCCAGUUCCCCCCCGAGGAAUGGCCCCUCCGCGAUGAAGACGCGCCUGCCAUCACCAUCCCCCGCACUGUGGAGAUGGAGAUCAUCCGGCGGAUCAACCCGGACCUGACGGUGGAGAAUGUGGCGCGCCACACGGCCGUGAUGAAGAGGCUGGAGGAGGAGCGUGCCCAGAGGAGAAAAGCAGGCAGCUCGGCUGAGCACAGUGCACGCAGCCGGAGGAGUCGUGGUCACCGUCGGGUGCUGCACGGCAAGUCCCGUUCACACAGCAAGACGCGCGCCUCCCGGGGCGACCCUUCCGAGAGUUCCAACCUGGACAUGGCCAUGAUGGACAGGGAUUACAGCCGCUUCUUCAGCCACUCGUUGGUGCGCUCCCCGCGUGAGGCCAUGUACACCUUGGAGCGCAAAAGAAGUGGUGGGACUUACAUAGUCCACAGCAACCCCAACAUCACAGAGUCCCACUUCCCCAUCACCCCGGAGUGGGACGUGUCCGGGGAGUUGGCGAAAAGGAGGACAGAGAUGCCUUUCCCCGAGCCCUCGCGUGGGACGUCCAGCGGGAGAGUGCACCGAAGCCACAGUCAAACUCAAGAAGGAAGGAAGUCGCGCGACGAGCUGCCCGAUCAGGCUAAGGAGAGGUCCCGCUCCAUGGAUAAUGCUUUGAGCCCUCUGGGCGGAAUGUGCCCCUCUUUGGGGAUGUCAGAGGACUAUGAGCGGAGUCCUGACGAGCGGAGUCAUUACUACACAGAUAAUGGGACUUUGCGGGCCUCCCAGAAGUCGUCCCACUACUCAAGGAUCAUGUUCUCAGCUGCUAAGUUCAAUUCUGAAAUGUGUGUGCCUGAUGUGGGGAAGGGGAGCUUAGGGAAGGGGAGCUUAGGGAAGGGGAGCUUAGGGAAGGGGAGCUUAGGGAAGGGGAGCUUGGACGAGUCUAGGAUCCGAAGCCCACUGGAAAGGAAUAAGAGCAGAGACAGCUUGCCGGCCUACAGUGAUCUGAAGGGACUCUCGCCCAAGUCCUCGGCGGACGACUACUUCCAGUGCAAUACGUCAAACGAAACAAUCCUUACCGCCCCUUCACCUCUGUCAAAAGCAGACCACGACACGUUAACCUCGUCUGAGGGAAUCCGGAAGGGCACUCCAGUCGAUCGCCACACCCCUCACCUUACCUCUCCCCUCACGAUGGAAUACAAAGAGGACUCUUUGGCAAAGGGGCAAAACGGCUCAAACCGAUCAACACCAAGCCAGACCCCAGAGCCCAUGACUAACGGACGUUUGACACAACACCAACACAACGUAGACCCUGGAGGGGGAGGCGGUGGUGGCGGGGUAGACAAGAGGAAGGAGAUCUUCAGCAAGGACACUUUGUUCAAGCCUCCACACAACACAUUGACUGCAGGCUACGUGGAGGGCACCUACACCAAGUCGGGCACCCUGCGAAAGACCCCACACAUCAAAUCAGCCGAGGUCCUUGACAAUCUAGAGGCCCAGCAGCCUUCGAAUUCAGCAGCUUCCCCCGCUUCCGCCCUGGUCGCCCAGGGCUCCGAGCCAGCGGUCCCGUCAGCCUCCGAGGCCGCCUUUGACUACUACAAUGUGUCGGAUGAUGACGAGGAGGUGGUGGCGGAGGACACCUCGCGGAAGGAGUUAGUGGUGGCAGAGGGCAAAUGUCACGGGGAGGGUGGGGGUGGAGUUGGAACCAUGCAGUGGCUUCUGGAGCGGGAGAAGGAGCAUGAUCUGCAGUGCAAGUUUGAGACUAACCUCACGCUGCUCAGCCCCAAGGAGACAGAUAACAGUAGCAGCCAGAAGUCAGCGCAUUCAGCACGUCUGGAUAGCAUGGACAGCAGCAGCGUGACUGUAGACAGUGGAUUCAACUCCCCAAGGACACGUGAAAGCCUGGCUUCCAACACGUCGAGCAUCAUGGAGAGCAAUAGACGACAGAAUCCAGCAUUGAGUCCGGGCCACAUGGGCACCACCAGCAACGGUCCGCCGUUCAGCUUUCGCGCCAUUCCUGAACCCCCCCGUACCGCACAGCCUGAGAAACUGCAGAAGUCUUCAACCUGCCUGGCGUCCAUCACCAGCGUCUGACCUGAUAUACAGACAGACAGACAUCAAGGCCUGAGAUGGAGGAGGUGGAUUAUUAAGGUUAUGGUAGGGACCGUUGGGGGUAAUGGGCGGGGGGGUGGAGAAGGCAGAAGUUGGGUCACGUUGUGCCCCCACUUUCUCCUCACACAUCCACACACACAUGUCCACCCUCCCUCACCCAACCCCCAGAAAAUCCAACUACUACUGGGACUGUUAACCACACAGGCAUGGCUUCCAGAGACUGUUCCCACAGCUUCAAAAACUUCACUGCAAAAAACAAACAACCACGAAAUAACAAAACUAUCCUGACCAGAUUAAUUUAGUCUCCCAUUGCAAGAGUGCCGAUCAGGAAUGAUCUUGAUUUGGAUUAUAUCAACUUUGAUUUUUUGGGGGGGAUGGAUUUCCAGAUUCCUCAAUGUUGGUAUUAGAGAAAUGUUGAUACAUUUAGGAUUGGAGUCACAUUUGGGAAAAUCUAUACUUUUACAUGUUAUUUCCAAUCCAUGUCCAAUGAAAUGUUUUCUAUCAAGAAUUAGAAAUAAUUUAUCAGGAGAAUUAUCUUAUUUGUAUGUUGAUGCACAGUAUUAAAAAUAAUGAAGGAAGAGAUAAGAGAUGAGAAGGUGGAAAGGCAAAAUGUCAGAGGUUCCGAUUUGUGUAGCGCAAAGCAAAAUAGGCUAUUGUAGUUCUAUCCAUACAGUAUCAUUUAUUCAUAAGUACAAUAAUGUAUACUCAAAUCUUUUUUUAAUAUUUAAAUGACCAAAAUGAAAUCGUUAAAACGAAUAAUGACAAUUUAGUAAGGGAAAACAGUUGUUUUACAUUGUUAGUUGAAUUAUUAAGUUUCCAUCCUGAAGCACUAAUGUGCCUUUUCUGUGGUAUUUAUGACUAAAUUAAAAAAAAAAAAAAAAAUCUUUAUUCAACAUAUAAUCUCAGGUCAUAAGAAUUUAUUUUCUUGAACACACGCACACACACUCUGUCUGUAAUCUUGUUGGAGGUGUGUGAGGAGUUGGCCUCGCUGAUUAGUGGCUUGCUGAGUGUUGUAAUUKGUUUGACAGGACUUUACUUUUAUGUUUGUUUCAGAUGUGUUUGCCUUUUCACAACAUGUUUGCCAGAGUGUGCAUAGAUARACCAUAAAAUARAUGGUUGCAGCGGGUGCAAAUUGUAACAAUAUAUCCCAGGGGUAUAGGACAGACAAACACCUUAUUUCCCUUAACAUGUUUAUCACUAUCAUUGCCAGAGCCAUCAAGGCAUUUAUACAACUUAUGUCUGCGGUGUUUCCCUGAAAUGAAGUGUUUUAUGAAAUUGACCAGCUCCUAAAUUGUCUUGCAAAUUGCAAAAUCUCUCCAAAUAUUAGAGCAUGCGGACUAGUGAUGGCUACCUUGCAAGACAAUAGUGAAGAGUUAUUGCAGUCUUGCCUCUUUAUUCACAAUAUUGUUUGUAUCACAAUACUGUAAGUAUCGUGUWUUGGAAAUUUGUUUUUCUUGUACAGGUGCUAAGAUUUCUAUAUGAAACGCUCUAUUCAAUCCGUAACGCUGAAGAUCUGCUUUAUAGCGCGAUUGACAAUUAAAGGCAAUGGUUUGAAAGGACUUUACUUUAUUGUAAAUUGUCCUGAAACAAGUCCAUGCAUCAAAGCUACAUUAGGGGUUAAGUUAAUGACCUCCCACAUGCAGAAUUGCAAUGUGCAUUAUUGAAGGAAUUGAUAUAUUUAUGAUGCCCAUAAAACACAGUAAGUUUAUCAAUCUUGCAUGAUAGUGAUCAAUUAAUGAAUUACACAUCCAAUUGUACAAUUGUAUUCACUUUUACUUUGAAACUCUUUUUUUGAAGUUAUCAACAGUCUCCUCCCGGUGGGCAAAAAUGUUGGUUGAAAUGUGAUUAAAGUUAUGUCAUAUAACCUGA